GAUUAAAUACACACACGUCCGCGAUGAUGGUGUCGUGAUCGAGAAAACGCUAGAUUAUCAUCAUAAUUUGUUCCUCAUUCAUUUAUGUAGCCUACAUACUUACUUUUAGUGAAUAAUAUAAAUAGUGUCGUUACAUUGCAUUGAAUAAAAUCGUAAUAAAUAAUAAAAAAGAUUAUUUCUAGAAUUUUCGUAGUCAUAGGAUAAUAAUAAAUAAUAUAUAAAUGCAUAGUUAUUAUUGAGGAUUAGGUUCUUAAUUCUGUAAUAAUAUAGUGGGUAUAUAAUCGGAAAGAUCGCUUAAAAGACAAAAGUCGAUCGAAAGUUGAGAAUCCACGACAAUUACGGCUGUAGAUUACAUGUUUUAUUUUCUUUACAUCACUAUUUAUUCCGAUAUUUCUUAUUGUAAUUACUAGUUUUAAAAGAGUUAAUUUUUUUUAUUCAAAAUGGCAGCUACAAGAAGAUUGCAAAAAGAACUAAAUGAUCUGAGAGCAUCAGCAAUGAAGAAUUUCACCAACAUUCAGGUCGACGAAUCUAAUAUUCUAAAUUGGCAAGGAUUGAUUUUACCGGAUAAUCCUCCUUAUAAUAAAGGCGCAUUUCGUAUUGAAAUAAAUUUUCCAGCUGAGUAUCCAUUUAAACCACCCAGAAUAACAUUUAAGACGAAAAUUUAUCAUCCAAAUGUUGAUGAAAAAGGUCAAGUUUGUUUACCAAUAAUUACUGCUGAAAACUGGAAACCGGCGACGAAAACGGAUCAAGUGAUUCAAGCAUUAAUUGCAUUAGUAAAUGAUCCUGAACCCGAGCAUCCACUAAGAGCGGAUUUAGCCGAAGAGUUCCUUAAGGACAAAAAAAAAUAUUUAAAAAAUGCGGAAGAAUUUACAAAGAAGCAUGCAGAGAAAAGACGAGAACCAUCAUCUGCGGAAUAACAUUGAUGAGUCGUCGUAACUCACCUCGAUGCCUAAAAUAUAUAAAUACCGCAAGGAGACAGUUUUUUUUUUUUUUAAUUCUUAUUUUAAAACACAAUCCAAUUGAAUUUAUUUGCAAGUUCAUCAAACAGUUAUCUUUCUCUUUCUCUCCUCGCUCCCCGUGUACAGUAUUGGUAAAUCGACGAUGAGCACAUGCUAAUUAUAAUAUUUAUAAGAUGAAAAAAUUAAAUAAUAAACUCGUAAGAUUAUCAUUAAA